CACAACGUAGAAGUCGAUUGUGCUUGUUCUCUACCAGAAGAGUUACCACGCGCCUCCUAGAUCAAAGAGGAACAACCCGCGAACUGCAAAAGGGAGGUUAGGUGCAAGUAGUACGGCGGUAUUUCGGGUUCCUGCAGUACUUUAGAGUGCGUUACUACCGAAGUACGGCGGUAAAACGCGGUGAACUCUGUGCGUUUUUUUUUUUUGGUUUGGUAAGACUGGAGAGUGGUUGUCUGGAAAAUUUGGAGUGUUAUGUGUUUUUGACGAUGACGAGACGGAAAACUUGAUAUGAGAAAGAAACAGUGAUUACGAACUGAAGUUAUUACGGGUUCAGUGUUGGUUUUUUUUUUGGAUUUUUGUUAGUUUUUGUGUGGAGCGUAAAAACGCACAGUGGAGAGUAUGAUCACGAUGGACUGCCAGCCCGGAGGUCACGGAGGUCAUCUGGGACACUCCAUGAUUCUAGAUCCGUCCGGAGGGUCGAUGCAUCAGAUUGGAGGCGGCAACGGCGACCAAGACCACAAGAAGAAGAGAGAUGGCUCUCACGUGGGAUCUUCGUCGAGCGAUGGUCAUGGUGGAGUAAAUCAAUUAGGUGGUGUUUUUGUGAAUGGUAGACCACUUCCAGAUGUAGUUAGGCAAAGAAUAGUUGAACUGGCUCACAAUGGAGUCCGUCCCUGUGAUAUUUCAAGGCAGCUUCGAGUAUCUCACGGCUGCGUAUCAAAAAUUCUCUCUAGGUAUUAUGAAACGGGUAGUUUCAAAGCUGGUGUUAUAGGAGGCUCAAAACCAAAAGUAGCAACGCCACCUGUGGUCGAUGCAAUAGCAAAUUACAAAAGGGAAAACCCAACGAUGUUCGCAUGGGAGAUCAGAGACAGACUUUUGGCGGAAGGAAUCUGUUCCCAAGAUAACGUACCUAGUGUCUCAUCAAUAAAUAGAAUUGUAAGAAACAAAGCAGCCGAGAAGGCGAAACACGCGCACCAAGUGGCGACCAGUGGCGGGUCGUCGGUUGGAGCGUCAGGAGGACCAGUGUCUGUGAUCGCGCAUGCGCCUAGUACACAAUUACCUGAGCCCAGAUCAGGGGCGUACAGUAUAAAUGGAAUUUUAGGACUGCAGCACGAUCCCAACGGCAACAGCAUCAAAAGAAAAAGGAUAGAGGACCACGAUGAGAACAGAGAUUUGAACGGACAUCCGGAUGAUGACCUAAAAAGACAGAGAACGCAGUAUAAUGGCGAUCAGCUUUAUUCGAAUCUCUGGUCCAGCAAGUGGAACAUAAAGGACGAACACAAACUGCUCUCAGAGCUGAGCGGCGCAGGAGGCGGACCGGGCUCAGGCCAGGCUGCCUACUACGAUGCUCACGCAGGCUUCACUCCCACCUCCGCCUCUGACCUUUACGAAUCUAUAAAUACAAUUAGCCAAUCCUCCCCACAGAACCUUUACGCGCCGUCCUUGGCUGGAACAUUAGGUACCGGUUCACUAACGCCUUUAGCCCCGAUCACACUGCACGAAAUGAAAAUCGAAACUGGUAGACUUACGGAACACCCCUUGUCACCCUAUCAUUCAGCAGAAACUAGUUCACCGUACAGUGGUGUGAUAGGCAUGGUAGACGGGGCAUCCCCUGGCCUGCCACUGGCUUUGCCGCCCCCAGAACAGCCAGGCAGCCAACCAGCGUCGCACGCUGGGUCACCUGAUCCGUCUGGAUUAACAGUGCUACAGCCAUCUAACAACAACUCGACACAACACUAUUCAAUGUUGCCAAGUUUUGGAUACACGACAGCGAGCACGCCUGUUGUACCUGGCAGUGAAUACGCCUACACGUCGUCAUACAGUCAAUAUGGUCCCACGUAUGGCACAUAUGGCUAUGGCAGCACAACCAGCGGGUUACUCAAUACCGCAUAUUUUUAUACGAACAACGACCUCCACACUCAAAACCCUCCUGCGGGAUCCAUGAACGGCUCCCUGAACGCCGAACAGAGCAGCAGGAGCCCUCUGGCGGCGACUAGAGCAAACUCGUUGGCAUCCGCCAAUUCUCCCACGGACAGUGGCAGCGCUUGUCUGAAGACCGAAAUGUUCUCCAACGAGCUGAACCUGAUGUAAUCGGAGACAGAGGCGUCCCGAAAUCCCCAAAAAUCCGACUGCGGAGGACCAAAGUGAAUGUAUAUUUUAGUGCCGAAGAUCGGGAUUGCAACGAAAGUUAGUCGACAUGACGGAAUGUAAACAGUUUCUUUCACCAUUAUGGACAAUUUUGGCUUCGGGAUCGAGGAGAAAUAAUCUUGAGGAUUUUUAUGGAUUCAUUGGAGUCUUUUGUGGACUUGGUAUUGAACUUGGAAGCUGCGGUAACCACACUUUUGUCUAAGGGAUUUUUGAAUUGCAAUAAAAAAUUUUCAUCUUCAGAUCAGUUACAACUUAAUUAAGAAAGCGUGAAAAAUACUUAAGGUGUUACUCCCUAUUAUUUGCUACAACUUUUAUUCUCCCCUCCACUCAUAUAUUAAGCAAAGUUAAUUUUUGUUUAUUGGACUUUUUUCUUAAAAUUAUCCAAGGAAUCUCUCAUUUUCCUUUGUACCUCCUAUUUAGGUAUUUUUAUUUCUUAUAUGUCCUAUAAGCUUCUUUUUUAUAGUGGAAAUUUUUGAUAUAGUCUUUUCUAUGCAUCUAAACCUUCAAUUUCGUAAAUACCUGAUUUUAAUUGAUAUGAAAUUUUGAGGGAAAGUAUUUCCUAAUUAUUGUUCAGUUGCUGUUCUAAUUUUUGAUUUUCUUAUAUUGAAAUUUCUUAUGUGUUCUCGAGCAAAAAAACUUUUAAACAAUCAUAAAAACAGACUUUUACUAUACAGCAUAACACACUAGUGUUAUGUUGUAUAUGUAUAUUUGUUUUUAUGAUUGUUUAAAAGUUUUGUUGCUAGAGAACACAAAACCUAACCUAAUCUAACCUAACCCUAACCUAACCUUACCUAACCUAAGGUUAGGCUAGGUUAGUUUUGUGUAACCUAACCUAACCCCUUACCUAACCUAGGGUUAGGUUAGGUUAGGUUAGGUUGCACAAAACUUUUAAACAAUAAUUAAAAGAGACUUUUACUAUAUAACAUAACACACUAGUGUUAUGUUUAUGUGUAGGUUAUGUUAGGUUAGGUUUUGUGUUCUCGAGCAACAAAACUUUUAAACAAGCAUAAAAACAAACUAUACAACAUAACACACUAGUGUUAUGUUGUAUAGUUUGUUUUUAUAAUUGUUUAAAAGCUUUAUUGCUCGAGAACACAUGAGAAAUUUCAAUAUAAGAAUGUCAACAUAAAAUUAGAACAGCAACAGAAAGUUUGAACACAAAUUUAAGUUAACAUAAUCUUAGCUCUUAGAACACCUACUUAAACUGAAUUUUAUAUAGAUAAUACUCCAAAUUCUGGAAAAAUUAGAAUCAGCUAUAUAUGAAAUUGAAUGUUUAGAUUACGAAAAUGUUUACAUAGGAUAAUAAUAAUUAAAUUCACUACCACCGUUUCAGUAUACUAUAUCGGAAGUCAUUGAAACUUUCUAAAAUUUUUCUAGAUAUACGUUUUUUGUUACCAUUGAAAAUAUUGAAAUGUAUGGAGAGAGGAGAAGAGUUACAGGUAAUAGUAGAAUUACUGGUGGGGGUAGUACCCUGACUUUUUUUAAAUUCAGUGUGCCCCAAUAGCAAAUCGAAAAAUUCCUCGGACAAAAAUAUGAUUACCCCUGCUCUAAAGUUGAAGUUUCUUUAUGAACGAACGACUGAAAGAUUUUUUCUCUUUUCCGAAAGUCAAAGCCCCCCUCCCCCUCAUUGUUUAUACUGAAAAUGUAUUAUAUGGAACAAAUUUUAUAACUUUAAUAUAUUUUAUACUUUCAACUGAAAUACACCAAAGAAUUUAAGUUUUAUGUUAAAACAUGUGCACUUUCUUGUCAUAUCAUUCACAUAAUUUGCAAUGAAUAAAAAAAAUGUACAAAAAAGAUAAAUAUUCCUUACAAAUUAUGCUUGUUGUACAGAUGUAAUAAAAAAUAACUCCGUAAACUAGUCAGAGAAAAACGUACUCCUUAUAUUUUUGUGUUCUCUGAAUAUAAUACAUAUGAAUGAAAUGCAAAUUGUCAUCGUGGAAAAUCUAUUGGGAAAUUUGGUUUUCGUGGAUUUUCCAGCAGCUUUUCCACACUUAAGAAAUGUCUCGUUUUUUUUGGUUGACUGUUGAUCGAAAUGGAAGAAUUUCUGAUGUGAAAUUAUUUAUUUUAUUUUGUGAAAUGUGUAAUAGUAUCACCAAAGAGAUGGCAACCUUAUCAAAGUCGUCAUGAUAUUAUAAGUAUUGUAUUGUAAAAUGUGAUAGGCCCUCAGAAAACUGGCCCCCCUUGUCCUAAGACCUCCCUGUCACAUUCACUCAUAGUUGUAGAUCGUUUAUAUUUAGAGAAAUAAAUUAAUUAUUGACUAUUUA